GCAGUGCUGUUGGCGCACUAUCUAGUGUGCUAGUAUGCGCUUUUUGGACGAUGCACGAGUCGCAGACGAGAUUAAAAAGUCUGACACGUGCUUCUUUCCUUGCGUUCACUCAACCCUGGGAUGUCGGUGAGUGGACGGACAGUUUGGUGCAGAGACCCAGGCGGGCUCCUCUCCUUCAGAGGGAAUGUCCAGAUCAGUGCACAGUGCUGCUGCGAGCUCGGAAAGACUAAAAGCGGAGAGCUUGUCCACUAGGAGCUGGUGUUUGAGUGAAAAGCGCCGCUGCGGAUUGGCCAAGGCUGUGCGUAAUGGGUGCACCAGAGCAGGACGCGCCGUGGGGUCCGCUUUAAGGAUGGUUUUUCUCCUACAAGUGUUCUUCUGAGGUUCUACUGACAGAGAGAACAACAAAGGAGCGGCGGAGAGGCGCACGAAGCGCGAUGUCCUUGUCGCUGUCCGUGGUGCUGAAGUCCGGAUGAUGCCUGCUCAGAGGCUGCCAGGCUGCCGCUCGCUGCACGUCAACGAGGACAACGGGCGCUUCGUGCUGCUGGCCAUCCUCAUCCUGGUGUACCUGCUGUGCGGCGCGGCGAUCUUCUCGGCCAUCGAGAGGCCCUCCGAGCUGCGCGCGCGCGGGCGCUGGAACCGGACCCUGCACAACUUCAGCGAAGCCUUCAACGUGAGCCUGCAGGAGCUCAGCUCGUUCCUGCGGGAGUACGAGACCGCCGUGGCCGCGGGGAUCCGCGCAGACUCCCUCAGGCCGAGAUGGGACUUUACGGGAGCCUUCUACUUUGUCGGGACGGUCGUGUCCACCAUCGGCUUCGGGAUGACCACCCCAGUGACGGUGGCUGGCAAAGUGUUCCUGAUCUUCUACGGCCUUCUCGGCUGUGCGGCCACCAUCCUCUUCUUCAACCUCUUCCUGGAGCGGAUCAUCACCCUGCUGGCCGUGGUGAUGAAAGCAUUCCGGCUGCGUCGUUUGCGCACCAGUGGCCUCCUUCCACCCGGGAUCUGCCAGGACUUUGCGGCCAGCAGUCUUCCGGGCUGGAAGCCGUCCGUCUACCACGUGAUGCUGAUCCUGGGCCUGUCGGCUAUCGUCAUCUCUUGCUGCGCCUCAGCCAUGUACACCCCCGUGGAAGGCUGGGCCUACCUUGACUCGCUCUACUUCUGCUUCGUCACGUUCAGCACCAUUGGCUUCGGAGACCUGGUCAGCAGCCAGAGCGAAGCCUAUGACUACCAGGGCCUGUACCGGCUCGCCAACUUCCUCUUCAUUUUGACGGGCGUCUGCUGUAUCUACUCGCUCUUCAACGUGAUCUCCAUUGUCAUCAAACAGGUGCUUAACUGGAUGCUGGGCAAGAUGAGUUGCCUUUGCUGCCAGCGUUGCAACAAGGCCAAUGCCUUCUUGGGACGACGCAACGCCAUCCGGCCCGGCUCGCGCCUCAGGCAGGGGCGCUUUGGCCGCCCACCUGAUGCGGAAGGGAGUGACACGGAAGGAAGGAGACUCUCCGGUGAGAUGAUUUCUAUGCGGGACUUAACAGGCUCCAACAAGAUCUCACUGGCCAUCAUGCAGAAGCAGCUCUCGGAGUCGGCAAACGGAUACCCGAGGACAGUUUGUGGAAGCUCAAGGCACAAUGGCUUCUCUGGUGGAGUUGGAGCUCUGGGCAUUAUGAACAACAGACUUGCAGAAACUAGUGACAGCAGGUAGAACCAUCUUAUGGAUCAGCAGAACAAUAUAGGAGAUACUCCGGCUUGCAGGGAAGUCUUUCGAGAUGCCCAGAGGGUUGUGAUGGAUUUUGUUUGGGCUGCAUUCUGACUUUGCCUUGUACAAGAGUUCCAGUGAAAAGCAUGAUAUGCAUGAAGUAUUUUGGAUAUCUAUUCGAGCCAGUGUUAAUACCUGGGGUGGUGGUAGCCCUCUGGUCAGGGAAUUAGACUCAUUUGAUCUCAGUUGAGUACGGCACUUAACCCCAGACGCUAAACCCUUCCGGUUAACGCAGGUCACUUCGGAUAAAGGAUCGGCGUACUGCAGUUCUGGAAAAACUUGGGUUCAUUCACAUUUCCAGGAAGGUUCUGAAGGUCAGAAAAUUUGUAGCUGAGUGAGUCCAGCUUCAGUCCAGCUCUAAAAGCUACAUCAGCUCUGAGCUACAU